AUGCAUUUGCCCAAGUAUAAUUUCUGUAUAAGCGAUGAUCUUCAUCAAAAAAUUAUGCUCUCGCACGAAAAUUAUGUAUUCCAAUUACAGAUUAAUGUGAUUAGGGGGUAUCUUGAACAAGAAAGGCAGCAAUCGGGAUUGCCUGUCGAACAAAUCUUAAUUUCUACCCGUUUAGAGAAAAUCGGCAUUUUAUUAUAUAUCAAUGUCGCACAUGCUAUGUGCAUAAUGCGAAGGUUAAUUUCACCUCCUUCCGCUAAAUUAGAAACCUUUCGUCCACUUCGUAGCACACUUUAG